UCCUGUUCCGGUGCCUUGGUCCUGGCGCACUCAGCUGGGUACCGGCAAAGCCGAGUACGGGAGUACCGGCGGCGCUCGUUCCCCAGUAGGGAUCAAGGACUGCAGCAGGAGGCUGGGAGGUGAUGAUGGGGGUCAUGCAGGGAGCUGGCGGGGGACCCCAGCUGCUGCAGUUGGGGGCUGGGGUCAUUGCUCUGCUGUCGGCAGUUGUGGCUGUGAGCUCCCUGCCCUCCUUGAUGGGUUACUGGAGGCGAUGGUGGGUGCUGAAGCCUAUACCGGGUGUCAGCCCCUGCUAUCCUGUGCUGGGAAAUACUCUGCUCAUGGAGCGGAGGGGAGAAGGAUUUUUUAAACAGCUACAAACUUAUGUUGAAGAGUUCAGGAGUUCGCCAUUGCUGAAACUUUGGAUAGGACCAUUGCCUGUUGUGGUUUUGUAUCACCCUGACAGUGUGGAGGUCAUUCUGAACAGCUCGAAGCAUAUCGAAAAAUCAUACAUGUACAAAUUCCUGCAGCCUUGGCUGGGCACUGGACUUCUGACAAGCACUGGAGAUAAGUGGCGAUUGCGGAGGAAGAUGAUAACUCCCACAUUCCACUUCACAAUCUUAACUGACUUCCUAGAGGUUAUGAAUGAACAAGGAACUAUUUUAUUGGAGAAACUUGAGAAACAUGUUGACAAGGAACCAUUUGAUGUCUUUCUGGACAUCACUCUGUGUGCCCUUGAUAUCAUCUGUGAAACAGCAAUGGGCAAGAAUGUGGGCGCUCAGGAGAAUAAGGAUUCUGAUUAUGUUCGUGCUGUCUACAGGAUGAGUGAUCUAAUCCAACAGCGACAGAUGAGCCCAUGGCUUUGGCCUGAUCUUGUAUAUUCGCUGUUCAAGGAAGGAAGAGAGCAUGAGAAGAACCUCAAGAGCCUUCACAAUUUUACAGAUGCGGUCAUAGCAGAAAAAGUUGCAGAACUUGAAAAUGUCAAGCAAAAGAAAUAUGAUACUGAUGGCAGCUGUGAAGAAAGUGGGUCCAAAAAGAGAAAAGCUUUCCUAGACAUGCUGCUGAAUGCAACAGAUGAGGAAGGGAACAAAUUGGACUACAAUGAUAUUCGUGAGGAAGUGGAUACUUUCAUGUUUGAGGGCCAUGAUACAACAGCAGCUGGUAUGAAUUGGGCCCUGUACUUACUUGGACAUAAUCCUGAAGCCCAGAAGAAGGUUCACAAAGAACUGGAUGAGGUGUUUGGCAACACUGAGCGUCCUGUUACAGUGGAUGAUUUGAAGGAGCUUCGAUACCUUGAGUGUGUUUUGAAAGAAGCCCUUAGGCUCUUCCCUUCAGUUCCACUGUUUGCCCGUGCCUUGAGAGAGGAUUGCUCUAUUAGAGGAUAUCAAAUACCGAAAGGCACAAAUGUUGUUGUUAUAACUUAUGCCUUGCAUAGAGACCCUGAGAUCUUCCCUGACCCAGAGGAAUUCAAGCCUGAGCGAUUCUUGCCUGAAAAUUGCAAGGGAAGGCACCCAUAUGCUUAUGUGCCCUUCUCAGCUGGUCCCAGGAACUGCAUUGGUCAGCGUUUUGCACAAAUGGAGGAGAAAGCUCUUCUAGCUCUCAUCUUGCGCCGCUUUUGGGUGGAGUCAUGUCAAAAGCCGGAAGAGCUUGGUAUAACUGGAGGACUGAUUCUUCGCCCGAAUAAUGGCAUCUGGAUUAAGCUGAAGAGGAGGCAAAAUGCUGGAUCAGAAUGAGAGAAAAUCCAAGAUUUUAUUUUUUUAAAAACUUACAAACUCUAGGCUGAGAAAUGUUUUUAAAUUGGGUAUUUUGAUAUCAGUCCAGCAAUUUGUUGAAACUAAAUCCAUUACUGAUUGCUUCAUUAGCAAAAAUGUAAUAGCCUUAAAUUGCUCUAUGUCACUAGUUCAUAUGAACUUAAUGUUCAUCUUUGUAGUGGAAGUAUUUAAAUGUCAAAUC